AUUCAUGCCCGGAUCCAAACAUUACGUACAAGAGAAGCACGAAUAUUCUCCCCAAUGUAUUUGCUUGAAUGGCGUGUAUGUAUCUAUGUAGCCUCGUAUUGUACGCGUUAGCGGAGGGAUUAACCGCUACCAGGGGGGAGGAUCUCACAUCUACGGGUAUUUCUUUAACACGGCCAGACAGCUACAAUGUAGUGGCUCAGAAAGGCAACCCUCUGCUUCUAAAUUGUACCGUGGAGUCCAAUACAUCCACAAAGUUCACCUGGUACAAGAAUGGGCAGCGUCUACAGCUGGAGAACCAGCGGCGAAUACAGGUCAUAAACGGGUCACUUUCUUUUAAACGGGUCCUGUUCCGCCGCAAGAAGAACAUCACAGAUGAAGGCGUGUACGAGUGUCAUGUCCGGAACAACAUUGGCAGCAUUAUCGCAAAACGGGUCAAAGUUAAGAUUGCAGGUAUAGCUAAAUCUUACUCAAAGGAACCUCAGUCUCAGGACGUUCCAUUAGGAGGGGUGGCCAGGUUCCAUUGUGAGAUCAACUCCACCCCUCCACCUAUUUACAUGUGGCAGAAGGAUGAUCGGAAACAAAUACGACCAGGUCCCAGACACAUCAUGUUGCCAUCGGGAACGCUCCAGAUCCUGGGCGUAAACUAUGAUGAUGCCGGGGAGUACAGAUGUACUGCUACCCAGGGGGAGCUCCAUAAACUGCCAGAUCAAGUGGAAAGUCUGCCGUGGAAGGGCAGCAAUGCAGCUAGUCUCAGGGUCACGCCAGCCUCAGGAAGACGGGAAGUCACCAUUUUGGCUUCCCCUCCAAGAAUUACCUCAGUAGAGAAAGGGAAGUCUGUCAUCCUGGAGUGUCUGGCUGAUGGUAACCCCAAACCACAGGUCACGUGGGCAAGGAAAGAUGGGAAACCCCUUCGUGACCGUCACUCGGAAGCGGUGGGGGACAACCUUAAGCUGUUUGACGUAGAUGUAGAUGAUUCGGGGGUAUAUGUCUGCUCAGCUACUAGUGCAGGGUACCCCACCAAGUCAGCAGAGGCGGGACUAGAAGUCAUGACAAAACCAGUAGUUGUGACAAAACCAAGUAAUUUUAAAUAUCCUGAGACCCGAACAUCUCGUUUUUCUUGUGAAUUUGGUGGAUAUCCUAAGCCAAAUGUGAAGUGGUAUUUCAACGGUCAGCUACUCAAAGAGGGGGGAAAGUACAGUGUGGUGAAGCCCAAAAACGAGUUGGUAGUGGUGAACCCUGAGCUGACAGAUUCUGGGUAUUACCAAUGUGUGGGGGAGAACAGUCUCGGGUACGACACAGCUGUAGCCAGACUGGACAUUUAUUCUGUUGUUGGAGCUCCUGAUCUGCCCAGGAAUGUGUCGGCCUUCGCGAUCGAUCAGAACACCAUUAAUGUUUACUGGAAUCACUCGCGUUCAUUAACGGAACCCAUCCUGGCCUAUACUGUAGAUAUAGCAGAGUCCAAUAAUCCAAAUAAACAGAUUCAAAGUAUUGUGGUGAACAGUGGAACGUCAGCCAAGAUAGAGGGGCUGAAACCAUACACUAAUUACUCCAUAUACAUCAGGGGAUACAUCAACAGUGGGCCUGGGCCCAAGUCACGAGUCGUCAGAGUCACAACUCAUCCAGACAAACCCAGUAGAGCCCCAGUGAUUUCUGUAGCUAGUACCACCCCAAACAGCAUCAACAUAGAGUGGGACGAACUCCCCCUGGAGGACAGGAAGGGGGUCAUCACCAGUCACCUGAUCGAGUACAUGAGGACCUCGGACCAGCGCAAGGUCACCAAGGUGGUGUCCGGAACCGCCAGAUCCUAUCUCAUCUCAGGCUUAAAACCCAAUACAUUGUACAAGAUCCGGGUGAUGGCAGGAACAGCAAUGGGUUACCCUGAUCUCCCUAGUGACAGCCAAUGGGUGGAGUACAGAACAGCCGGCCACACUAAUGCCUCAGUGAAUGACACGAUGCCAGAUCCACCAUCAAACAUCUUGGUGAAGAAGAUCUCGGCGAACUCGGUCAAUGUCACUUGGCAACACUCCAUGGGGGAGGAGCCAGUCACAGGAUACACGCUGACCGUCUCAAGUUUGGAAGGAACCCCUACAGGAUCUCGAACACACGAGAUCACAGAUCCCUCUCUGUCCUGGUUCCAAGUGAAAAACCUGAAGAACAAGACCACAUACCAGUUCUCCCUGGUGGCCAACAGCAAGCAUGGGUCCUCAGACCCAAUCAUAAAGGAGUAUGUCACCUCUCAAGAUCCCCUCGAGGAACCUCCUCAGAAUCUGAGGGUCGUUAAUCGAACCUCCACCGCCAUGUUACUGGUCUGGACCCCUCACCCUGGGGACCAGGGCAGGGGAGUGGAGUAUGAAGUGGGAUACCGCCCUGCCAUGUUUAUGAAGGACCAGGCAUAUAAUAAAGUAGCCAUUGUGAAGACGUCUGAUACCUCCUUGUGGAUUUCCCAUCUAAAACCCUACACUUCGUACCAGUGUGUUGUCAGGAAAAUUGUGGGCGGAGUUAUUGGGAGGUGGAGCCAACCGACUGUCAAUCUCACUCUGGAGGGAGUUCCCUCCCAGCCCCGUGAGCUUCAGGGCCAGGUGAAAGAGAGGCGUAUCUUGAUCACUUGGAAACCGCCGGCACAGCCCAACGGGAACAUCACAACCUACCUCGUCAUGUAUCAGAUCCUGACCUCACAAGAUAUGUCCAGCCCCUGGGAAAUCAAAAGUGUCAAUGGAUCUUUAACAUCAGCCACUAUUGAACAACUCCAGAAUGGAUUGUACAGAAUCAAAUUGAAGGCGUGUACAAAUGCUGGUCCAGGCCCGCCCACUGACCCAAUGGAAAUCUCCAAAAUAAGAACAACAGAGCCCCGUGAAGUGGCGCCACAGGAGGAUCAGAAAUUGGGGAUAAUUCUGGGGAUCAGUAUUGGUGUUGCCUGUGUCAUUAUCUGCAUCCUCAUUAUACUGUUCAGGAACAAGUGUUUUGCGUCUCCUCAAUCCCACAUCACCCAGCCUGUCUAUCUACACAGUAACGGACAUGUGGGUGGGCGGGGCAAUGGACACGCUGUAGGGGCGGGGCUGAACGAGUAUCAGCUGGAGACGUGUACACCAAUGUUGAGCUCUUUACCCGGUGAAAACGAGCACUCAGAUUCCAAGGGAUGUGGCAGUGGGAAUAUCAUUGUGACCCCGAAUGGGUCGCGGGUCAACGGAUAUGUGCCAUUUAAGAAUGGCAUGAAGAAUGGACAUAUCCCUAAUGGACAUAUGUCAACGUUUGUGGGGUAUGCCAAUUCGGGGAACAUGGAGGAAAGGAGGGGUCUGAUUGCAGCCAUGUUGUCUGGAAGUGAUGUCAGUCAUCUGUCAGAGGAUGCCACGCCUCUAGACAAAGCACCAGAUCGAGAUUCCUUGCUGGAUGGAAUAGACAAGAGUCUAGAGGACACGGAAGAAAGCAAUAAGAGUUUAAAUGACCAAGAUGGUUCCAUACAAAAUCUACCUCCAAACACAGCAGACUCACAGCAGGUCUGCAGUGAAGUCAGCCCACAGUCAAUGGACAGUUUUACUAAAAAUACCUCGUACCGAACAGCCGCAGCUAAAACGGGUCAAAGGGAGGGUCGGUCCCCUCCCCAUCCCUCACUCAGGGGAGUUCACAGUAAGCCAGCUACCUCACAGGAAAGAGUGGAGGGAGGAGGGAUGGUUCCCUCACACUCAUCAAAACCUCACAAGCUACAUCAGGGAAGAGAGCAUGGGCAAAUGGCUGAAGAGGGCCAAAAUGACGGGCGGUCAUCUCCAGAGAGUGAAAUAAGGGACCUGCCGGACAGUGACUGCUACAACCCCUCAUUUACCAACCUCCAAAGUCCCCAAGUGAAGUAUAAAAAACCAACCUCAGCUCAGGAAAGUAAUCUUAUCGGUCAGAGGAGGGAUCUGAAUCGGAGACCCCCCAGGGGUGUACAGAGUUACCCCAGCGACAAGAGUCAUCAUCGCUGCACUGUGGAUGUUAGCGUUUGACUUUUGUUUCUACUUCUCACUGAAAAAAAAAAAAUAGGCUCACAAAAUGAGCUGAAUUAUCAGGCAGGAUAUUUGCAGCUAAAUGAUAUUGACAUUUCGUGAAGAAGUGAAAUUAUGUAUUUGUUUUUAAUUGUUUAUGUUCAUUCUAUACGGGUGUAAUUUGGGGGCUCUGAAGGGGGGAAAAGCUGGAGGAUUUUUUUUUGUUGCUUUAUUUUCUACAUGUGAAAUGCAGGUCAGAAAUAUUUUGAUUUAUAUUUGUUUCACCCCCCUUUGGUGGCCCCUGGCUAGCUAGCAUUUUCUUUUGUUCUUUUUGUAAGUUUAUAUUGGUGCGUUUGCCUGUACUAUUUUUUGAAGAAAAAAAAGAGAUGGAUAUAUCUUACAAGUUUACCUCACUGCUCUGCUAAAUUAUUUGUCAUUGCUAUCCCUCCUUACACCGGUUUUACGGGACAAUCUGAGACUGAAGUUAAAUGAAGUUAUACAUUAAGUGACCCCCUUAUUGUUUUCAUAGGUAGAUUAUUGGUCAUGCAUAUUCAUAAUGUUGAUGUUUAGGAUUUGUUACCUAGAGGAGUUCUUUGUAGUUUAUAAGUGAUUAUCUCUGUUUAUUCUGUUAGAAUUGGGCCAAAGUCAGUUAUAUUUUAAAAGUUAGGAGUUGGUUUACUCUUUCUUAUUUGCCAGAAAUUGUUCAGAAUUUUUUCAAGAGUAUUUCUUUUUGGCUGUUGUCAAAAACAGGCACAGGAUGUAUAAAUGACAGAUCUGUGAGUUUUCAGUGCAAAAAAAAAAUGUUUGACCAAGGUAGAUUAUUGUUAGCAAUUAUUAAAAAAAUUGACACGGGUCAGUUUGAAACAGAAUGGGUCCCAGUUUUGUUAGAGGCAUUGAUAUUUUAGAUGCUAUAACCUGAGUUGUGAGUAAAUUAUUUUUAUUGUAUUUUUUUUUCUUGGGUAAUGUCCCUUAUUUGUAGAAGCAGGAAUUGUUUGUGUUACAUUAAUAUGGAAAUGUUAUUUAAAAAGCAUUGCUUUUAAAUUCUGAUGUAAGUAAGGAAAAUGAUUCUCAGAAAUAUGCUUUUUUUUCUUCAGAUAGAUGUUUUAUUAUCUUCAAGAUGUGUAUUUUUUUCAUCAAUCGUGGAAAUAGUGAUUUUUUUUAAUACUUAGAUCUGUUUUAAUGUCUGUAUAAGGCAAGACAAGUUAGUGCUAAUUGAAAGAUAUAAGUGCUAUUUUAACUUUUUGUUUGAGAAUUCAAAAUUCAUAACUUUAUUGUAUUUUAUUGAAGUUUUUUAUGAGAUCUGAUGAUUUUUUUUAAUUGUAAACAUUUUUUUUUUUACAUUUUGCAUUGUGUGAUAAAUCUCUUCUGCAAGUGGGUGCAAAAUUUGGUUUUAAAGAAAGUUUUGCUGUUGUAGUUGGGGGUUAAAUUUGUAAUCAAACCUACAUGUAAGAUAUUCUAGUAUUUUUGAUCAUCAGCUUUCAAUCUUUCAAAAUCCGAAGUAUUUUUCAAAUCUGAGUACUGUAAUCCAGCUAAUAGUUGGGUGCAGUAAAAAAAAUCUGAAAAAACCUGAAGGCUCAAUCUUAAAUGGCAAAUUUUGAAUUUUUUUUGCUUGGAUAUUCCAUCGGUGUUUCACAAAUAGGGUACAUCGUGAAUGAGAACUGGAUCAUAGUAGGGAGACAAAAUGAAAUUGAGGCUUAAGUUGGUGCAGGGUACUAAUGGUGCAGAUCCAGCUGAACAAGAUUGGGUCCAGAUUUGACGAUCUGCGAUGAAUACAUCCGGUGUAUAAGUAUAGGCUUGUUUAUUUCUGACCCGUUAGAUAAGGCAAUUUAACUUCUUAAAUUUUCUUAAUUUUUUUUCUUGUUAAGUAUUGAUCUUCUCUUUAAAAUGGAGUAGAAGAGAAAAUGAAAAUUUAUAUAUGUUAAGUAGCUGAUUGGAAACUUCACUAAAUGGUAAAAUAGGUUUUCAGAAUGAUAUCGUCCCUGUGCAACAAAUAGUGAAAGGACUUGGCUCCUCUAAUUGACUAAUUAUUGUUGAUGGUUUUUAUUGGCGAUUAAUUCGGUCCUACUGGUUGUGACUAUAUAAAGGGAUGAGGUGAGGCAUUUAUUGAAAAGAACCUCUCAUUUGUACAAAAUAUUCAUUGUAGUGUGUUUCAAUGUCACUUGUGUCCCAAAACCAACGUCAUUUUUUCCCCCUCACACAAUAUUGAUUUUUUUUUUCACCAUUUUAUCUCCCAUGUACUAGUUUAAGUGGUUCGUCCUCUGGUUUAAAUGCUAUGUGUUCUGACCUCAGAUAUUGUUGGAACAAAAAAAUAUAUAAUUUUGUAAAAGGAAAAAAAACAAGCCCUGUGAAUUUCAUUGUACAACAUUUAUGUAAUAACAUGAUAUUGCUUUUUUCUGCACUGUUAACACAGACCAUGUUGUAACCAUAGCGACCUCUUAAUCUGUUACCAUGGUAACCUCUAAUGACUACCUCAAGAUGCCUUUUGCUCGACACACAUUUCUCAGGGAGCGUUCAUUAUUUCUUACUGCGAGCAAGAGGGAUCUAGAAAACUGAAUUUAAAAACUUGGAGAGGAAACCAACACAAAAGUUUGAACUUUCUAUGUAAGUUAUUUUUUUUUCUAAAGAGCCAUUAGCACAAUUUAAAAAAAAUCUUGUCUAAGCCAUGUACAAGAUUCAAAAGAAUUUUCUUCUUUCCCGGUUGUGUGAAGAUACAAGUGCGAUUAUGCCUAAUUUUUUUUUAUGGACAAGCACCUGUACAAUCUAUAUCAUAUAUUUUGGAACAGAGGUGAUGCAUCCUGAACAUGUGAAGGGGGCCCUAGAAUCAAGGGGAAGAAUCACUCUCAUCUUAAAUUAUUAUAUCAUAUACAAUUUUUGUUCAAAUUACUGAUCAACACAUUUUUGUAUUACGGAGAUUCCGUAAUGAUUUUUUAAAAAAAAUUCUUUUAAGAGGUAAAGUUUCCUUGAGUAAUAGAUAUCAUGGGUUCCUCUUGUAUAUUAUUUUCAGUUUUCAGACAGAAUUUGUGAAGUGUCCUGACCAUUUUAAAAUCUUUCCAAUUUUCAAAGAUCUAUUUUAUUUAAUGCAUAACAGAGGUAUCCAUAAAGCUAAGAUUUAUAUACUCCACCUAGUUUUGAGUAAGUUUGUGGAAGGUUAUGAAGCAAAACCAUCAAUUUCAUUAGCUCAGGUUACAAAAAUCAGGGAGACACAAUUUGAACACAACCAAGUACUGAACACAUAAACUGAAGUAUAAGCUAGAAUUAAUAGACAGUAUUAGGGUAAAGCUAUACUAUGGGUUUCAAUUGAGAGGAAAAAGGCUUUACUGAUCUACUGCCAAAAAAAAUCUUUAAAAUAAAAAUGAAUUAUUAUUACAAAGAAAAUGCAUUUUGUUCAUUCGAUUUCUUAAUAGUACAUGUAGGUCUUGAUAAGGAAAAAAAGGCAUUGAGGUUUUUUUUCUACUUAAAAAAAAUCAUUUGACGAUUGAACCCAUUUAUUUUCUCUUGUUUUGAUUUGGAAGCCAACAACCAAAGAAUGUUAAGUGUUGUAAAUAGUUUGAAAUCAAUGCUGACAGUGUAACACAUUUGUUGUCACUUUUAAUCAUGGUGAAUCCGAGUGACCUUGAGAUCUGUUUCAUGAAUCUAUUUAUAGAGUUGCUUGCCUUGAAAAUUGACUUUGUUAGUGGUUUAUAAAAUCUAAGCCGUGGCAGUCAAGGGAAUAAAAUGUUUGUAUUGAAAUCACGGUGACCUUUGACCUGCCUCGGUGGUGAUUACUUUAAUCCCGGUGAAACAUUUUUUUGAGAUGAUUAAUUAUUAUUGAUAGAUAUUUUACAGGACAGUGCUCAACUCGUGGAAGAAUCAUUUCUGGGGUCUUGUGUGCGUUUUAUGUCAUGUUAUUAUCCUCACGUUUUAUAGCAACAAAGAAAUUAAGCUAGAUUAAAUAGCUCUUGUUUCUGAUUUUGUUUUUGUCCCCCCUUUCUUUUUUUUGGGCAUGAAUUUAUAUCUGAAUGAUGAAAUAUUUUCGUUGAUUUUUGUGACAUUUUACUGUGAAUUUAAGCUGGUUUUAUUAUAUUUUUUCUUUUUGAAUUUUAGACAAAAGUUUGAUGUAAGUGCAUCAAAAAUUUUAACAUGCAAUUAUAAUGCGGUGUUUUCAGUGAAGGGACUGCAAAUGAAUUUAAAAUGUGCUCUUUGUAUUUAGUUAAUUUUAUUUUAUUCCACUUUAAAAAAAAAUUUCAAACAUUCAGAUUUUAUGAUUGUGGGAUCUAUGGUAAAGAGAACACUGCUGUAGCAGUUUAUUUAUUAUUAUUUUAAAUUUGCAAUGGUUUUGAUUUUUUUCUUAGUGACUAAGAACAGUAACUCUUGUUGUACUGAUACUUGUGAGCUUUAGUGCAUAUCCAAUGUUAAAUUGUCAUGAACUCUGUUUUUAUUUCUGUGUGUUGACCUCGAAACACGUACUGGCUGUAUCAUCACCAUGACAUCAUCAAAGAUAUGACGUUGUAUGAUGUCAUACAUGACGUCAUAGUUUCUUAUAAAAGAUUUUCAAAAAAUUCUUUGUUGGGCAGAAAUUGACUGCCAAUUUGAUGAAAAUUAUUUUUGGUCAUUAACAAUAAUGAAUUAAUUGUCAUAGUGUAGUGAACUGCUGGUACGUUGUUUAUCUCUCGGUUCUGUAAAUGACCCGAGUGUUACUGUAUUCUUAGGUUGAUAAACACGAUCAUCAUGUAAUAAACCAAUACUCCGUA